AUGGAGCCCGGCGUCCCCGCUCCCCCGCUCCCUGGUGAGCAGCUGGACAGCGACAUGGAGUGGAAAGUAGGAUUGCCGCACGAGGGCGACUUCCUGAGUUAUGAGACGCCAGCAGCGGAUGCGCCACCGGCUUCCGGCGGCCAGCUUCCGGCGGCGGCCAGCGCGCCAGCGCCUGCCCCGCAUGCAGACGAGGGCCCAUCGAUGCCCAAGAAGCCCAGCGAGGACGACAUCCUCGUGUUUGGCCAGAGGGUCCACGUGCACGGCGAGCUGGCCAAGAAGGAGGUGCACCCGCCGCAGCACGCGCCCAAGAACCUCAACUAUGCGGCUGUGGCGCGGGAGGAGAUCCACGAUGUGGCGGUGCACCCGCCGCCGGUCAAGUUGAUGGGCGGCGAGACGGGGGUGCAGGCCUGGGACAAGGUCAACUCGCCCAAGGUGGGGCGGGCCAAGAGCGACAUCAAGGAGCUGCUUGUGCCGGGUGCCCACAGCGAGGAGCCCUGA